AUGUCUAGUAGAACAGCGAUUCCGUAUGUGUGCGCUCGGUGCUCACUAAAACCGUUCCGUCAAAUCCACGCCAAGCCCACAAUACCCUCAAGGAAGAGCUAUGCGACAAGGUCCGAACCCAGCAACGACUCUUCCACAGCUACAAACGAGCCGCAACAUUUGACAAGCAGCAACAAUGACAAUGCCGCCCACGAGAGUUCCACCGAACAGGGGGCCAUGUCUCGCCGCCUUCAAGAAGCGACCGAAGAGGCUCUCCUAACAGGCGGAACAGCAGGUCGACGUGCCGUUGAAGAUGCCGGCUUUUCGGAAGAGCUAAAAGAAAGGCUAUUCGCCAAGGUCAAAGACGCAGAGUUCCGAUCGCAAUAUGCCGCCGCUUUAUCUGAAGCAAACAUGCCAGCGUCGGCAGGUGCAGGCACGCGGGUUACUGCGACGAGCCGACCCUGGACAGGCGAGGAAACUACCGAGGACGCCGUUCUACGAAUGCUUACCGAUGCCCACAAACCCCUUGCGCGCGAACUGCGUGGCCGCCCCAAAAUAUCCGAGCUUCGACCGGUCGAUAUGCGCAUGCGACAGCAAGCUAAGCUGAACCCUAGCCAUAGAGCUGCGAAUGCAAGAGAUAGAGCUUCUAUGUACGCCGGUUUAGGCAUCAAGGAAUCUGAAGGAAGCCUCAGUGAUGCAGAGAAAGCCGCUAGAAGAGAGGAGUUUCGUGAGCGUUUCCAGCCAGGAGCUCGAGCUCUACCAAACACAGUCACCGGGCUCGCGGCGCUGGCAAACCAGCGCAUUGAAGACGCAAUAGCGAGGGGACAGUUUGAGAACAUACCGCGGGGAAAGGAUGCCGCACAACGUGAUACGAGGAGCGACAAUCCUUUCAUCGACACUACGGAAUAUAUCUUGAAUAACAUGAUCAAACGGCAGGACAUUGUUCCACCUUGGAUCGAGAAGCAACAGGAGCUGGCUAAGGCGGCUCACACAUUCCGUAGUAGGCUACGAAAUGAUUGGAAACGUCACGCGGCCAGGACGAUAGCCAGUGAAGGUGGCUCACUUGAGGCUCAGAUGGAACGUGCUGCGCAGUUUGCAAGAGCAGAAAAACUUCACAAUCCACGAAAAGGCGAUGUUGAUCAAAUGUCAAUUCCUACCAAUAUGACUGAAGAUGUUGUCAUGGUCAAGAUACGCCAGCAGAUCGGCACAAGUUCACCAAGUGCAGAUGCGUCACAGGCGACGGAGAGCAAUACCGUUGAAUCUGCAGCACACUUGUGGCAACCUUUUCGAGAUCCUGAAUGGUUAAAGACUGAACAGUCCUAUAUGGAGCUUUCUAUAAAUAAUCUGAACACCCUCGCGCGAUCUUAUAACCUCAUGGCCCCCGAACUCGCAAAGAAGCCCUACUUCAACCUCGAAAGAGAGUUAAAUAACUGCUAUGCCGAUAUUGCUCCGCUGCUCGCCGACACAAUCAGAGCUCGAGCUACACGACCCCCAAAAUCUCCGGUGGAGGCCGUUGGGAAUCAGUCGCGUAGCAUUUUAGGUCGUUUCGGGAACGAUGGGGCCCGGCCAAAGAUCUAUGAAUCGAAGGCACCCCGUUAUGGACUUAAAGAGUUCUGGCGCGACCUAUUCAGUCGGCAAGAUGCUUGA